AAAUUGAGAAAGUAUUUGAAGUAUUCACGUUGUUCUUAUCAAAAAACUUCGCUAUUGGUUUUCACCAUCAUCACAUCAGCAGCAAUAGCAACCCCCUCCAUUCUUUUAUAAUCCUUAAAAAACGCAACUGUCCAGGUCAUCCCAUUUCCAAUUCGCACAGUUGAAAAGGUUUUCUGAGGUUAAGUGUCUUCCGGUUGUUGUACUUAAUCAAAAAAAUAAUGGCUUUAAGAAGUAUCUUCGUUAAAAAUAAGUCGGCACUAAAUGAAUUACUGUGGAUUUCGUGUAAAACGAAGGAACUCCAGGCUAGAUGUUUUAGUGUUUCAGGUGUGAAAAAGAUGCGUUUUGUACAAUUUCAGUUGAAAUCUGGCGGCCCGAGACAUGUUGGGGCACAAUUGAGCAUCGAUGGAGAUAUUAUCGAUAUAAGUGCCGUUGAUUCUUCCGUGCCAAAUUCUUUAUUGAAGUGUUUGCGAGAUGGAAAUGGAAUCAUUGAGAAAGCUAAAAGAAUCGUUGCUGAGGGAAAAUCGUUAGUACCACUUUCCGAAGUAAACCUACUUCCCCCGAUAACAAAUCCGGAUAAAAUCAUUUGCGUAGGUUUAAAUUAUAGUGGACACUGCGAUGAACAAAAAUUACCUUACCCAAAAGAACCAAUUAUUUUUAGCAAGUAUUCUUCAACGAUAAUAGGGCCCCACGAUGCUAUUAAGCUACCGAAAAUUAGUAAUAGCGUCGAUUGGGAAGUUGAAUUAGCGGUGGUUAUUGGUAAAACGGCUAAAAAUAUCCGACAGGAUCAAUCGCAGGAUCAUAUUUUUGGAUAUACAAUUGCUCAAGAUAUUUCGGCAAGGGAUUGGCAAAAAGGUAGAAAUGGUGGGCAAUUUUUGUUGGGAAAAUCAAUGGAUACGUUUUGUCCAAUUGGACCGGUUGUUGUUACAAAGAAUAAAAUAAACGCACAAAACUUGAAUAUUAAGAGUUGGGUAAAUGGUGUUCAAAAACAAUCGGGAAAUACUAAUGAAAUGAUUUUUAAAAUUGAUUUCUUGGUAGCGUACUUAUCUGAGUUUAUGACUUUAUAUCCAGGAGAUUUAAUACUUACUGGAACUCCAAGUGGUGUUGGUAUGCAUAGAAAACCAGCUGAAUUCUUAAAAGCUGGAGAUUUGUUAGAAAGUGAAAUUGAGGGAAUUGGAAAAAUUGCUAAUAUUGUUGAAUGAGCAAAUUUUUAAUGUUUUUAAAAUGAGAUAUUUUUUUCAUAAACUUUUUCAAACAAA